AUGCGCGCUGCAACAGCCAGAUCUGGAGCAGAGCGUGAGUAUGUAGCGGUCUCCUUCUUCAGCGACGUCUUCGAGCGAACCGAUCGUGACGAGUCUCCAGCGCCUAUCUUUGGGAAUACCUCACCAACAAAAAGUGCACAACCAUCUCCGGCUCACGAGCGAGCUCUCGUCCGAGUAGUGGUCCAUCUCUUCCUGCGUGCUGUGUCUUCUUGUUCAGUUGAAAGACUUCUGCGCCCAGCCGUCAGCAACAACAUGACAAGUAACGAGGAGCUCCAAGAGCAGUUCACCUCGCUCGUGCCAGCGUUGUACGAUGUUCUUGACGAGAUGUUUCGCGAGUCCAUGGGUAAUACCAGCGACCCAACACCAGGGGGCCAGGACGCGUGCUUGUCCGCUCUGGUUGAUACCAUUCUGUCGCUUGUGUAUAAUCGAGGUCGGUUUGGUAUCAUUCGCCUAGAAGUCUCAGCUCUACUGGAUCAUCAUCAAUCGCCUGAAUCGCUGAAAAGGACUUUGGAGGGUUGGUUCCAGGCGUACACAGCUCAGGCUCGGGUGUUCAUCACUUCCUCGGCGCCUGAGCCUCCUAACGGGACGCUAAACCAGCACAGUCCAUUCUGCGGUCGCUGGGUUCUCGAUCCUCAAUCGAUACAAGUUGACAGCCUCUCGUCGAAUCAAGUACAGCGCGUUAUCCAAAGUUUUCGAUUCACUGACGUCGCUCAACUCGCCCGAGAGUUCGGCUGCAUCGAUGUGGAAUUGGAUACUGACACCGCGACGCCGAGGCUGUGUCUCCUCUCAGCUCUUUCGUUCGCUAAUGAUAAUACCGAGGCACGAACGUCGAUGCUCCUGGACGGCCGACUGCGCGUCUUCCGCGCUCUACCCAGUGGCUUGUCGUCCAUGAUCCCGACGGCCGGAGGAUGGUUGAUCGGAGACUACGUUGGGACGUUGUCAGACGAUGCGCUGUCGUUGAACAUAGACCUCUUUGCGUUCGCGGAGGGGGACUGA